CCUUUAUUAAAUAUGUUAAGUAGGGUUACAUAUUUAAUACUACCGGGUAUUAUUUCAAGUUAAUUGUAUAGUUGAGGUUUGAGAGGUAUCUUGACAAUCGUGAGCUGGUUCUCGUUUGUGAUAUAAUAGUUGUGUUGUUAUUACAAUAUGGUAACCGAAAGCUCAACGCACUCUUCUGUCUUUGAUCCGACAAAGCCUCCGAAAAUUGAAGGUUUUGCCCCUGGUGCCAGGCCCAAAGAUGAGGGUUUCAAGGACAAGUUUAUCCGCAAAAGCAAAGAGAAUCCGUUUGUUCCCAUAGGUUGUUUAGGCACAGCUGCUGCUUUGACUUAUGGACUUAUUGCUUUUAAACAAGGGAGAACUCGGCAGUCCCAGUUGCUGAUGCGUGCCCGUAUCCUAGCACAAGGAUUCACAGUUGCUGCCAUCCUAGUGGGCGUGGCAGCCACAGCCAUGAAAUCUAAAAGAUAAGAGUGCUACAGUUUGCUUCCGUCAUAGUUCUCUCAUCCUAGCUUCACUGGUUGUCUGCUGUGGAUUGCCUAUCCUUUCAAAAAGGAUGUAAAAGGGACUGGUAAAAAGGAAGCACAUUUGAAAGGGCCAGAUAUGAAUGCCUGGACAUUGGCUGUACAAGUUUUAUAGCUUUCAGUGCUGAUUAUUUAAUUAUCUGUAUUCUACACCAAAGUGACUGUCAACUGUAAUAGGAAGAAUUCCAAAGAUAGAUUGUAAAACCAUUGCUUGAGUGUCUUAUGAUAUGGUCGCUUUUUAUACUGCAUCAUCACUGAUUUUUAGAACAUUUAUCGCUGCGUAUUAAACACUCUGUAAAACUAACCCCCCCCCCCCCCAUAAGUAAUGACUGGGUUUCUUCCACUGAUUAUUGUAGCUUUCCGUUCAGGUUUGAAAUGUGCCAUCUGCCUUAAAUGUGGCAAAAGCAGAUUAUAUUUUUGCAUGCUGUACAUGUGCAAGUAAAAAGACACCGACUACAGCUAAAUUAUUGUAUUUGCAAUAUUCCUGGAAUUUGUGUCCCCCCCAAGGUGAGCCUCUAGGAAGCUGCAUUUUAUAUAUGGCAAUAGAUUUGCUGAAAAAAAUAACAAUAAAGGAAGCUGUAUUACAUGUGGCCCAUUCGUCUGCAAUCCAGAACAGUACUACCUGUGGCAGCACAUUGUGUACAAAACUUUAUUAAAUUGCAUUUUAUGGUGGAUGGUUUGUCCUGUCUGUGAAUUCGACCUACUUUUAAAUAGGGCCAGAUUCUAAAAGUCUUGCUCCCAGUGUGAGUGCUUAAUACAGGCCUACCACAGGAGUUAGUCACUUCAGAGAGCAGAUGUUUUGGAAUUUGACCCUUUAUAGUGAUGAAAUGCCAUCUUGCAUUAGGUUAUAUUCAGUUGUAUAAUAAGAACUUGGUGUCAGAUUGAAGUUUGUUUGCAGUACAUUGCACCGUGUGAAUUCAUUGUGUUCAUGACAGACUUGUUUUUCAUUUUCUUUUUAAGUAAGUAUUUAGGCUGAAUGUGACACAUGGAUUCAGUGGUUGCUUACUUUAAAAGACCACUGUGUUCAGAUACUGGGAAGCAAUCAUUAUUUUAGUUCCUAACCCAAACUGUUCCAGUGGGAAGCGGGUAUAGUAACAUGAUACUGUUUUGUGGUUGUACUUCCUCUUUCCCAUAAGGUACUUUUGAGUCUCUUCAAUAGAUGAGUAUUGUGCCAUAGUGCUUUAUGCCACAUCUUGUAUGCAUUUAUGUAGAAUGACAACACUGAAACGUACUGUAACUUUGCAAAUCUCUAGACAGUGUUUGUUUAUGGUUUUUAUGUUUGAAUACACUGCAAUAAACAGACUUCAUAUGCAAUAUAA